AUGCAGUAUUCACACCACUGUGAGCAUCUCCUGGAAAGGCUGAACAAACAGCGAGAGGCAGGUUUCCUGUGUGACUGCACCAUCGUUAUUGGUGAAUUUCAGUUCAAAGCUCAUCGAAAUGUGCUGGCUUCCUUCAGUGAGUACUUUGGGGCUUUUUACAAGGACACGUCAGACAGUAACGUAGUUUUGGAUCAGAAUCAAGUGAAAGCCGAUGGAUUUCAGAAACUUCUGGAGUUCAUAUAUACAGGAAAUUUAAACCUUGACAGCUGGAAUGUUAAAGAUAUUCACCAGGCCGCCGACUAUCUCAGAGUGGAGGAGGUUGUCACUAAGUGUAAAAUAAAGAUGGAAGACUUUGCUUUCAUUGCCAAUCCCUCUUCUACAGAAACCUCUAGUAUCACUGGGAACAUUGCGCUGAACCAGCAGACUUGCCUGCUCACCCUUCGUGACUACAAUAACCAGGAGAAAUCCGACGCCCCUUUGGCAGAUGCCAUUCUGCCCCCAGCUGCAAAAGCAACCCCAGAAAAGAAACCCGCUCAAGGCAAAAAGCGGAAGACAGCCUUCAGCGCUCAGAAAAACCUGCUGGACAAGUCGGCGCAGUAUCCAAGCGAUGUCAUCGAGGACUCUUCGGGGGAGAUGUUCUUCGAUGCAAAUAAACUGGCCACCGAGAUAACGGAGCAAGCCGCCCAGGGCGGGGAGAACUCUGAGCUGCAGCUGACGCCUGUGGUGGAAAGCGAGACUCUUACUGCCCAGGAGAUCCUCGCCCAGGAGAUCCUCAUCCAGACUAUGCCCAUGAAACCCAAACGGGGAAAGGCACAGCAGGACUGUGCGCUGAAAGAGCACUGCUUGUCCAAUAUCUCCAACGACAACAACUCUUACCAGUUGGAGAGCUUGGGAGAGGAACUGGAUCCGAAACACCCCAAGGCAAAGCCGGUGUGCAACACCUGUGGGAAGGUGUUUUCUGAAGCCAGCAGUCUGAGACGGCACAUGAGGAUCCACAAAGGAGUCAAGCCGUAUGUGUGCCAGCUCUGCGGGAAGGCCUUUACUCAGUGCAAUCAGCUGAAAACGCAUGUAAGAACUCACACAGGUGAAAAGCCAUAUAAAUGUGAACUCUGUGACAAAGGCUUCGCUCAGAAAUGCCAACUGGUUUUCCACAGCCGGAUGCAUCACGGAGAGGAGAAACCGUACAAGUGCGAUGCCUGCAACCUCCAGUUUGCCACCUCAAGCAACCUGAAGAUCCACGCUAGGAAGCACAGUGGGGAGAAGCCAUACGUCUGCGAUAGAUGCGGUCAGCGGUUUGCCCAGGCGAGCACCCUGACCUAUCACGUGCGGCGACACACGGGAGAGAAGCCUUAUGUUUGCGACACCUGCGGGAAAGCCUUUGCAGUCUCCAGUUCACUCAUCACGCAUUCGAGGAAGCACACAGGGGAGAAACCAUACAUAUGUGGCAUUUGUGGGAAAAGCUUCAUUUCUUCAGGGGAACUGAGCAAACACUUUCGAUCCCAUACAGGUGAGAGACCAUUUAUCUGUGAGCUGUGUGGAAAUUCCUACACAGAUAUAAAGAACCUAAAGAAGCACAAAUCAAAGGUUCAUGCAGGUUCCGAGAACCCCCUGGAUCCCAUCACGGUCGACCAUUCCUUCAACGACCAGGACUCCAUCCCCAGUGAGAGAAGCCCUCUGCUGGAAUCCGCAGAUGUGAAGCCUUCCGACAUAGCGUUGCCUCUCCCCAUCGGGUCGGAGGACCACCAGGUGCUGCUGCCCAUAACUGAGAGCCAGUCUCCCCCCUCGGACACACUGCUGAGGUCGGCCAUCACUGGGUAUUCAGAACCUCAGUUCGUUUUCCUCCAGCAGCUGUACUGA